AUGGACGCCAAGAAGCGCAAAGGAUCAGCUCAUGCGUUGCAAUGGAAAAGACCACGUCGGUCUCUACGCGAUAAGAGUGAAUUUGUGAGUGUCGAGGUAGGAAUGCGUGAGUUCAAGAAGCGUUUGGCUGCAACAGACGUCGCAGAAUCCACCAAUUUGACAAUCAAAACGAAUCAAGUUGACGAGGAUUUCACACAAGUCACACCCAAGACACGAGGCAAGUCAAAGACGGCAAUUGUACAGAAAAAGAGCACUGGAACAAGUCGGACAAGUGCUGCAAAAAUGAAAAAGAAAACGUCCAUGCCGGUACAAAGAACGACGCGAGCGUCAACGAGACUUGCUGCCUCGACGUUGUCACUGGCUCAAGUGAAGUUGCAAUUGAAGUUGGAGCAGCAAGAGAGAGUGGAACAUCGUAUCCAGAUGUUGCAUUGUGAAGAAAAACCACUUGCUGCUGCUUCGGCAGUUAAUAAUGCAUCUGCUUUGUCUCCUGUACAUCCUAGGACGUCUGUUGGUGCUGAAGGAAAGACGGUGAUUAAAGCAGACAUAGCGUCAAAGCCGAUGAUGUCAAUAGGAAAUGGAGCUCAAACUUGCACUUCCAGUGUAUUGUCAGCUACUCAAAUUCCAUCAAGUACAGAACCUGUCGCGCCCAGUGACCUGCGGCUUUGUCCGAUGAAAAACGAGUUCAUUGCUGAUGACUUGGAAGAAGACCUUAUGUUUGCAAUGGCACUUGAAGAGACAGAAAGGAAGCUAGCAACUCCUCAGAAACCAUUGCUUUCUAGAAAAGUCGAGACUACAACUGACGUAAAUUGUUUAACAGCAAUUAAUCCUCAGGUGCUGGUUGCUUCUCCAGUUCCAGCAAUAUUGGCAACUGCAAUAUUACAACCCGCACAAGUUUCUACCGCCAACCAGCAACAUAUGACUAAGACGUUGGUGCAGAGCAAUCAAACAGAAGCGAUUCCUGAGGUUUUGGAAGAAAUGGAACGUUUGAGACGUGAAAACAUGCUUCUCAGGCGGUCCAACGAGCUUCUCCAAGCUGCUCUAACGCCACCAGCGCAAACAAAGAUUUGCGGUAUGUCUGGUCAUUCCAACGAUCAGGACGGUACCGCGCUAUUGCCGCAGGACUCUUCGAUCGAUACUUUGGCUAGGACUUCCACAGGUCGAUUCCUGGAUUUGGGUGGAUGUGACAGCGAACAUGAGAGGCUUUCAUCGUGGAAUGAUCGCCAGCUUCAGGAACACGUAACGGAUAGUCGCUUUACAGCGAGCCAAACUGUUCCGUCAGAAAUACAAAGCGAAUAUCUCUCUAGCAACAACGAGAAAAGGCUUUGUGAUGACCAGCACAAGCUUGAAAAAGAGAACGAACUUGCCACUGAACCUGACAUAACGAAAGAACAUGCAUCCAGAGUGUCACAUAAGGGCUCGCCUCAUAAUUCUAUGGCAACAUCACCAUUGUCCGGCCACUCUGCACUCGUAGAGGACAACAUACAUCUUUCCGCACAGCCGACAGUAACAGGAUAUGAACCUGUUCAGAAAGGUGAGACUGCAUCACUGCGGUCACCCGAGCUCUCAUCAUCGACAGAAUGCGUGAUUGAAGAUUGUGCUCAUGCAACAAAUGGACGCGAUGAUGGUGACGUAUCGGAUGUCAGUGUGGCCGAAGUCGACGAGGAAGUUUAUUAUGACGACGAGAAGGAAGAAGAAGUUGUUAGCGACGAUGGACCAACUGGGCGAAUGUCAACGAUUGACUGUGGAAACCACGCAGAAUAUAAGGUUCGACAAGAGAACGAUCACGACGACGCCGAUGACGAGAAUAUGGGUGAGACUCGGGAUAAUAUCAUUGCUCUGGAAACAAAAAGUGACGCCGAACCAGCAUUAUCGACUUACGUCGACUCCGAAUCAUCCAACAUAAUACUUAAUAACGAACCAGCUGCGUGGAAGCCAGGUACACCAACGGACAAUGACAUUCUUGACCGAACUACUGCACCUAGCAACUCAGACGAUGAAGGUGAUAAUGGUGAAGCUGAUUUGAUGAGCGUGAACCGGAGAAAACGGCGAGAGGCUAUUGCACUUUCAUCUUCAUCGUCGGAAUCCGAGUCGGAAAGUGAGGAAGAUGAAACGACCAGCUUGAAUGUACUGGAAGCUGCUCUUCAUGCAGCAGGAGGCGAUAGAGGCGGUAAGAACCGAGCAAAGUCAUCUUCCGUCGUCAACAGCGCUGUAAGCGACAAGCAACAUGAAACAAAAGAUGGCUCAACUGCCGCUGUCUUGGGAUCAUCGUUGCCUUCAAAGUCAGCGAAAAGAAUAAUGAAGAAGCGAAAGACCCUAGGCCUUUCGUCUGCCAACGCUAAGAAAUCGGCGAGUACUAAAAGCUCCUUGCUAUGGCCAACGCUUGACGAUUUUUACAACUAUCUACUGGAUAUGUCGCCAAAAAAUAUCCGUGGAUCAGAGGAGAAGAGGGUUCAUCUCAGACAAUAUGCUGGUGGGAAGCUGCCGACUCAACAUUCGUCCAUAGAAAAAUAUUGUGGCGUGCAGCUUGAGGCAGUUAUGGAAGAGCUAAUGGCUUCAGUGAGCAACACCACGGACCGUAAGGGCGGUGGAGGCUCAAGACCAACUCGUCACCUACCACUCACGUCUGUGUCACCUUGUGGCGUGCAGAGAGGUUUUACAUCAUCAGCAGGACUGAGUUUUGACGCCAUUUUCUCCGAAAGUGGGUUUACUGGCAGCACGUCCAGCAGCAACGAUUAUGUUCUCACCUUUGAUCCCCCUGCACUAGGCAAAAAUAGUUCAUCAGAUUUCACGAGUGGUGAUUUGGUAUUGGUGCGCUCUCCCCGCUGGAAGAAGUACGAAAUGUGCGUUUUUGGUGUGGUGCUUUGCGGCUCAUUGGUAGCAGGAGGAGGAAAGAGUGUUUCAAGAGGCAAGGUUGGAGACGGUGAACCAGGAUAUGAUGACCAGAUCUGCGUGCUUAUUCGUGCUCACAAACGCGGCCAAGAUGAUGCGGCGGAAAACUUUAACGUGUUGACAGAGCUGUGUCUGUCGAAUCAACGGGCGCCGAAGUGGCGAUGGUCCCUCCAACAAGUACACAACACUACCACAAGUGCGCGUGAGUUUCAGGCAAUCAGGGCCAUACCAUUUUUUCCCAGCGAUCUUCAGCAAGCAUUACUACGUGGACGCUUAACAAUGUCUGCUACAAAGCAGACACCACCUCAUUCCGUGGCGCCGUCUUCAGUACUUUCGCCACGCUUGCUGAAGUAUCUACGUAAGCAUUUCAAUGACUCACAAGUGCAGGCGAUCCUCGGUUGUUUGAGGGAAGACAGCAGGGUCAUUAUUCAAGGACCGCCAGGCACCGGCAAAACCAAAACAAUCUUGGGUCUUCUGUCUGCUUUGCUGGAUGGUGCUGGGCUUUCCACAUUGCAGAAAACAAAAGGCACGGCGCGUAUUCGAGCGGGAGCAUCGCUUCAAAGCGCGAGGACCUCGGCGGGAUCGAACGCUGUAGCUGGCACAUCGAUCCGAAUUCUCGUGGCUGCACCCAGCAAUGCUGCCGUCGAUGAGUUGGUUGUCCGAGUUCUUAGCGAAGGCUUAUUUGAUGGUGAGAAGGGGGAGUCGUACCGUCCACAAAUUGUGCGCGUGGGUCGCCCGGAAAGUAGCCAGCAACUGUCGAGUUUGGCUGCGGUCCGUGAAGCUAGUGAAAGCAAGAAGAAUCGUAAGAAAAUUCGAAAGUACGCUCGCGAGGUGGAAGAGGUUCUGCUGGAGAGCUUAGUAACAAAGCAUCGAAAAACGUUUCAGACUGUGAAGCAGGCACGCGAGGCGAUUAUCAAGAGCGCACAGAUUGUGUUCUGCACACUUAGUGGAGCAGGUUCUGUAGCAAUGUGCGAAUUUGCGCAAGACUUUGAUGCCCUAAUUAUCGAUGAAGCUGCGCAAGCUGUGGAGGCAAGUACGCUUAUCCCGUUCAAGUUCCGUCCGCAUCGAGUUGUAUUCGUGGGUGAUCACCGGCAAUUACCAGCUACAGUGAUCUCGAAAGAGCUUAUAUCGAUGGGAUAUGACCGAAGUUUGCAGCAGCGCCUUGUGGAGAACGGCUCACCGGUGUUACUGUUGACACAACAGUAUCGAAUGCAUCCUGAAAUUGCUGAGUUUCCGUCGUCUUAUUUCUAUGGUGGGCGACUGGUGCAAGACGACAAUAUGAGUGAAUGGACUGCUCAGAGUUACCACUGUGAUCCAGCUUUCAAGCCGUUACUAUUCUAUGAUGUACAAGGAGCUCAAAGUCAGGUGAGUGGGUCUACGUCACUUCGUAACAUGAACGAGGUCGAAGUUGUGGUCCAACUUGUUCGUCGUUUGGCUCAACAAUUUCCACAACACGAGUGGAAGAAGCGUAUCGGUGUCAUUGCACCGUAUAAACAACAAAUUUGUGAAGUACGUAAUGCAAUGGGAAAGCUCGAAAUAGAAUUGAAUUGCCAUCUCGGCAUUGAAGUGAAUACUGUGGAUGGUUUUCAAGGUCGUGAAAAGGAGAUUAUCAUCUACUCAUGUGUCCGCACAAGUCAUAACAGUCGUAAAAGAAGGAAGAGGCGGCGCAAAGAGGACAAUGACAAGGAUGGUAAUGUCCUUGAUGCCUUCUGGGCAGAUGAGCGACGAAUGAAUGUCGCUAUUACUCGAGCCAAAAGCAGUCUAUGGAUCGUUGGGAAUUCAACGUUGUUGACUCAAAGUUUUGCAUGGAAAGCACUCAUCCAGCACAUGAAAGACCACAAUAGGUAUAUCAGUGAUAGUACUGACCUAUUAUCUGCUAACUCGUCGACACGUAACGCCAAAUAG